UGCGAUGACUGUGAUAUGCAUGGGGUUGAUAAAGGGCCGAAGGACGUUCAAAGGACCUACUCACACGUGCAGAAGCUUUGGGCAGGUACCACAUAUGGCUUUCGGACAGCCGGUGAUAGAGAUAAUGUUGCUUGGAACAGGGAAAACACCUCCGGAAAUCCCUCGAUCUCACAACUGGUUUCAUGCUACAUGGUUGGUUUACAAAAACGCAAGGUAGCUAAAGGAGAAACUCCAACCAGUGCUCGGGCCAUUGGUCCCGACGAUCUUCUGCGGCUGUACGACUUCAAUCGCCGGCCUGAGAACUGGGAUAAUACCAAGUUAUCUGCUGCUAACUGGUGUGGAGGAAAUAUGCGCCGUCUCCUCCAAGCGGUCUAUCUUGUUGCGUUUACGUGCCUACUUCGCAUUGACGAGGCGCUGAAAAUACAGGUUCACGAUCUACGUUUCUAUGAUGAUGAAUUGGACGGUACAGCUUGCGUGUCAGUCACUUUGCCAUUCCGUAAGACAAACCCAUAUGGCAAGAUACCACCAUUCAUACUCCGAGAGCUCCCAGAACAUAUGGCGCACCUAUGCCCUGUUAGAGCACUCGCAGAAUGGGUCAGUGCCUCAAACAUU